AUGUCCGACCCCGUAGCAGAAGUCGCGCAACAAGCCGCCAAGUUAUACUUGGACGAGGCCACCGGCGAGCAAGUUUCCAAAACCGAAUUGAAGAAGAGACAAAAGGUCAGACAGUUGGAGGCCAAGAAGGCCGAGAAGGCUGCUGCCAACGCCAACAAGCAGCCUCCUAAGAAGAAGGACAACAUGGCCGACUUGAACCCUAACCAGUACUACGACAUCCGUUCUCGUCAGGUCGAGGAGUACAGAAAGGCCAACGAGAAGGACUCAUCUGCCUUCAACCCAUACCCUCACAAGUACCACAGAACCUUGACUGUUCCUGAGUUUGCUACCAAGUACGCCGAGUUGAAGAGAGGUGAGACCUUGCCAGAUGUCGAGGUCAAGCUCACUGGUCGUAUCAUGACCAAGAGAGAGUCCGGAUCCAAGCUUCGUUUCUACGUGUUGAAGGGUGAUGGUAUUCAGAUCCAGAUCAUGGCCCAGGCCCAAGACGCCGAGCUGUUGGAGGCCUACGAGAAGGAGCACGACAACUUGAGAAGAGGUGACAUCAUCGGUGUCACUGGUUACCCAGGUAGAACUUCGCCAGCUAAGGGUGGUGAGGGUGAAGUGUCUGUGUUCGCCAAGUCUAUCCAAUUGUUGACCCCAUGUUUGCACAUGUUGCCAACCGAGCAUUACGGUUUCAAGGACCAAGAGGCUCGUUACAGAAAGCGUUACUUGGACUUGAUUGUCAACGAUGACGUUAGAGAGAGAUUUAAGGUCAGAUCUGCCAUCAUCUCUUACAUCCGUAGAUUCUUGGAUAACAGAGACUUCGUCGAGGUCGAGACCCCAAUUUUGAACGUCAUUGCUGGUGGUGCCACUGCCAAGCCAUUCAUCACCCACCACAACGAUUUGGACAUGCAAAUGUACAUGAGAAUUGCUCCUGAGUUGUUCUUGAAGGAGUUGGUCGUUGGUGGUAUGGACAGAGUUUACGAAAUCGGUCGUCAAUUCAGAAAUGAGGGUAUUGACAUGACCCACAACCCUGAAUUCACCACCUGUGAGUUCUAUCAGGCUUACGCUGACGUCUACGACUUGAUGGACAUGACCGAGUUGUUGUUCUCCGAGAUGGUCAAGGACAUCACUGGUGACUACAAGAUCACUUACCACGCUGACGGCCCAGACAAGGAGCCAAUGACCUUGGACUUCUCUAGACCAUGGAAGAGAGUUAACAUGAUUGAGGAGUUGGAGAAGGUUUACAACGUUAAGUUCCCAGCUGGAGAUGAGUUGCACACCGAGGCCACUGGUAAGUUCUUGAAGCAAAUCCUCAUUGACAACAAGCUUGACUGUUCUCCACCAUUGACUAACGCUAGAAUGUUGGACAAAUUGGUCGGAGAGCUCGAGGAUGCUUCGAUCAACCCAACUUUCAUUUUCGGUCACCCACAAAUGAUGUCUCCAUUGGCUAAGAAGCACAGAGACAUUCCUGGUUUGUGUGAGCGUUUCGAGGUUUUCGUUGCUACCAAGGAGAUCUGUAAUGCAUACACUGAGUUGAACGACCCAUUCGACCAAAGAGCUAGAUUCGAGGAACAAGCUAGACAGAAGGACCAAGGUGAUGACGAGGCCCAGAUGGUCGAUGAGGUCUUCUGUAACGCUUUGGAGUACGGUUUGCCACCAACCGCCGGUUGGGGAUGUGGUAUCGACAGAUUGGCCAUGUUCUUGACUAACUCCAACACUAUCAGAGAGGUUUUGUUGUUCCCAACCUUGAAGCCAGAUGCCUUGGUUAAGGGUGAUGAGGCUCCACAAGCUUAA